GAUACCCAACAAAAAAAAAAACGUUGUAUUAGGGUAGAUGUUAUUACGCCGUUGAGCCGUGGGAAUACUAGUGUGAGAUCAGUCAGCGAGCAGAUCAGAUGAGGUGGCAUGAUGCGCAUUGGCUGAUCCUGAUCUGGACUAAUUCCGAUCCUAUUCCUGAUUUCAUUCCUGACUCUAGUAUGAUCGUUACUCAUUCCGCCCUCGGUAUGAUCUCCGCAAUCAUGAGCGAUGAGCUUACUCCAGCUCCGCAAAGGACAGCGAUGCGGGAGGUCUUUCCAGCAGCGCGAGGAGGAGCCAUGGCUGCGAUAUCCAGACCCGCAAAGCACCACCAGGGAUUACAGCCGCUCCUCCGCGGCUUCCUUUUCUUCGGCAUCGCCCAGGCAUCAGUCCUCUAGCUCGUUCGAGCGCACUCGCCAGGACCGCCUCAACCGCUACAGCUUUCCAUCCCAUUCGACUCCGCAACUGCAGUCCUACCGACCAGAGACCUUCUCUAUCUCAACAACCCCUUCCACUUCGAAACACAAGCGCUCCUUGUCCAAAUCGAACGCGUCCCCAACCUCGACAUAUCAUCAUGGGGAGACCGACCCUACUUAUCGCUUCCCCCAACCCGCCUACCGAUCGUCUUUUUCUUCUAGGAAACAUCCCCAGCCUCGUACCCUCUCCGAAGAACUAUCCAUGGCUCUGCAGCAAAGCCCCGAAGACAGUCUCCCCUCCCCAAUUACCCCUUCACUCGUCCCCUCGAGUCCUGCGGACAUGCCCUCGCUCUCAUCCUCGUCCUCGUCUUCAACUCUCUCCUCAGGACACUUUCCACUCUUUAAGCCCUCUUUCUCGAGUCUGCAGAACCAAGGCUCAGGUGGACAUCAAAAGCCAAGACCAUCCCCUCUGUCUUUGCACACCAGCAACACACAUGGCCAAGAGGUUGGAUCAGGAGGAGUGCAUCUAGAAGGAAGGGCGAGCCCCUCGUUUUCGGUCCGUCCUAGUAGUCCCACCUCCGCCCUCAGCGGCGACUCGACCACGGCUACAGACAUUGCUGGCUCGCCACGUGCGGCAUCUGCAACCGUAGCCGCAAACCUGGAUGGGUCCUCGCCUCUACUGCCUCGAUCCAGCCUGUAUCAGAACAAUUUCGGAACCAUGUCCUCUGCAGCGUCCAUCUCUGACUCCUCUUACUACUCGAACACCUCUUCACCCAGCACCUUGACUUCACCCUGUUCAGCGCUUUGCCAUCAUAGUCGUUCUCGCUCUCGCCAUCACCACCCAGCUUGCCAACAUCACACAGAUCUGCAGCAGUCAGCACCAGAGUUAGAGUCAGAACCUAUAGUGCAGCAUGGACCCAAGCCCGGGCGCGCUACCAAGGGUGUUCAUCGCUUUGGACUACCUCAGUUCCGCCCAGAGAUCGAUGACUCCCACUUUGGAACCGUCGCGAUUAUGAAGACGACUUCGACUUCGACGUCCGGUUCAGGAUACGGUAUUCAACGUGCCAGUCGGGAUGAUGAUGAUUAUUUGGACGAACCUGGGACGUACGAACCACCGAAGAAGCGAUUGCGAUCAACCGCUUCGAUGUUGCUGGAUGCUGCGGUGGAAACGGUGAUCUUUACAGGAGCUGUUGCGUUGUCGGCCUACCAAUUGUUGACGGGCAAGGGCAGGCUGGGUCAUUCCAAGCAGUCGUCAAUGGCUUCAAACGAUGCGGAUAAUGCAACUGCAACAGGAGAGACCUCCAAGGCACAAGAAGAAGACCCCAUGGAAGAAAAACUGGCAUUGGUAAGUCCCCUUUUUAUCUUAAGAUUCUGUACAGACCGAGGCUGUCAUGGUUGUUGGUCACAGCGUACCACGCGUUGCAGGAUCAUGUCUGCUAUUCUUGCAGCCUUGGCGAUGAAGGAAAGCAUGCAGGACGCAACGACUGAACAUGCUCGGUCAAUUUCAAUUGUGGUCUGAGCACUUUGGAAGGCAGCAUUUAAAGUCGCUCACUAUUUUUAUCCUUCCUCAUCUCCGACUGUUGCAAAUAGCAAAUGGAUACGUCCGCUGUAGCAACACCGCGCGCACAACGUCCUU